AUGGACUCCCAAGCCACAAACAUCUUUCGCAAAUUCGGCACCAAGAAGAAGCGCGACUCGAUGCCUCUUCCAACGAAACGGAUAAUCCUACCCAAACGCACGGAAACUCGCGAAACGGCACAUACCGUCGCAAAAGCCGACCCAGGACCACUACUCCCAGCCAGUACAUCUCUCGACCUCGACCGUGCCCUCCCACCACUCCACGACCCCCCCAGCUCCCAACCCCAACCCCAACCCCAAACCCCAACAGCAGAAAUCACCCUCUCCGAACCCUGGGUCUCCUCCCAUCACCACCACCACCACCGCCGGGCACACUCAACCUCGACCCGCAACGGCACCCCCACCCCCUCGCCAUGGGAAGAAGCAGAGAUGAACCGCCUGAAAGCCAGCCAUGAAGAACAAAUCCGGGACCUGAAGAUGAAGCUGGGGAUGGAACUGGAGGACACGCGCCGCGACAUGGCCAGACGAACGCACCAGCUGGUUGAACUCACCCGUCUGCACGACCGUGACAAGGAGGCGGUCGAGCGGGUCAUGGAGCUGGAGAAGGAGGGGGAGAAGGUGAGGGAGGAGUUGAACAAUCUCAAGAACAACGCCAAGCAGAACUUUCAGAUUGCCGAGGAGUGGAAGAAGGCGCAUGAUGACUUGACGAGGGAGAAGGAGAGGCUGGCGGAGGAGUUGAAAGAGGGGAGGGGGCAGUUGGAGAGUUCUGAGAAACAGGUUGCCAAGCUGGAGGGGGAGAGGGGGAAGUUGACAAAGCUGCUGCAAGAGUCCGAGACGGAUGGCUAG